UCAAUAGACAGAUCAAUUCAUGAGCAACAACUGAAUUGUCCAUGGGUCCCCCCUGACUCCAGUCCUUUGUCUGAUGAAUUCGAUGUGCUUGCGAAGAAAAUAUGUGGAUCUCAAGAUGCACGAUCUGAUGACUGUGAUAUCUACUCAUCUGCUGCCAAUGGAUUCAAUGCACAUCAAAAAAAGAUGGCAAAGUUGAUUUUAGAAAAAUUGUGUGAUGAAACUGGAUUUCUAUUAGACAAAAACAUUGAAAACUUACUGGCCACUUAUCCACCAGAGAAAAGAAUUCUUGUUAAACUUGAGACCAUUUUCAAGAUGCUUGGAAUCAACUCAGAAGAAGACAUAAUAGCGCUCAAAAGAUAUUUCUUGCCGUAUGCAGUAUGUACUGAUUGCUCCCAGCGGCAAAUGCAAUUUGAAGCAGUCAAUAGGAAAGCACUAGUAGAUAAGAAAAAGUUUCAAACAUCCUCAUUGCCAAAUCUUUGUGCUCUUACCGAUGAUGAGAAAUGGAAGCUGCUCCAUCCCUCGGAGAGAAAGGCUGUCUCCGACAGUAAUCUGAAUUGUUGGUCUUCCGAAGAUAAAAAAGUUAGACUCUUGGAUCCGGCCAAAGAGAAACCAAAAUCUAGUUGUUUCGAUGAGCUGCAUUCUUUUGAUUUAGAACCUGCGAAUGUUUUAAAAGGAUUGACUGACUUUAUUCAACAUUUCCAUGCAAAUAAAACAACAUCUACAAACUACUUUGAGGAUGAUGCCUUCUUUUAUGAUCAAUCCAGCUUUAAGAUGACUUCUUUGCCUCCAGAUGAUGUCAAAAAAUAUUGGGAACAAGUACAAAGCAUUUUCGCCAAAGACCGGGAACAACUUUGGAAUGCCUUGACCGUAGGACUCAGUAAAUACUUCAAGAUAUUGAAAGAUAGACAGAAGGUGAGAUCAGAAAUUCAUAUUCUAGAAAAAGAAAACAAAGAGUUGAAAAAACUUCUCGGAAAACACCUCGGCCAAUCCAAGGUGAAAACUGCACCUAGUAAAAGUUGUUUUCCACCUCUUCAAGAGCCAAGGGCAAAAAGUGCUACAAUAAUCAAUUAUACGUUGUUUGAAGAAUUUACCAAUCUGUGAUAUUUGUGCAAACAUUGUGAACCUCAAGUUAUAUUAUUUUUAUUAAAGAAAAUUGAAUCGUUCUUCA